AUGGAGAAGACUGGAGGAGGCCUUUGCCAAUUGGUCGCGCAAGUUGUAACACAGAAAUUAAGUGACACAAUCAAGGCGGAAGUAAAAAAACGAGUGAUUCAGGGUACAGACGACGGUCCAGAUGCAGACGCAGAUGGUGUCAAUGAUGAUGACGAAGCGGUGGAGCAGUUAGACACAGAGGGUGACCAGCCAGUUGAAGAUUAUCAGGGUGUUGAUGAUGACGAGGCAACAUUAAACGAUGAUGGUAGUUCAGCGAUGACACUGGGGAAAGGAUAUGGAAAUGGAAAGGGGAAUAAAAAGACCCUGUGCAUCUAUACCCCCGAGAACCUACAGUACUGUGUCAGUCAGGCAAAAGAGCUAUAAGAAUUGAUGCCUGAUGACAUCAUCUAUAACUUCAAUAGUCGACCAUCCAAUUUUUAAACUAAUAAAUAUGUUCGUGCCCA